CACACUGUAAGUGAUUUUAGCUCGUAAAAGGUGCUGGGUUGGUUGACAGAGGCAGUGCAGAGCUUUCCCUGCUAUGUAAUGUACUGCUCUGACAGAGCAGGGCCAUGCUGGGUUUGAAAGUAGCUGGCACCUCAUGGAUCCCUCUGCUCCUGCUGAGCCUCUUAAGAAUCAAAGUGCUGCUCCUCUGGGCGUGCUGCUUCGUUUUCAAGGACAGGAUUAAAGGCACAGCAAUAUUCUUACAUCCUGUAUGGGCUGGGAGCUGUUGCUACAAGCAGUGCAAGUACCACCCUGGACUGUAUGGAAAUCUCUAGCAGGUUCUGUUACUGGUCUUACUGGAUUUUUGGGGCUGUGAACCAGAUGCUGUUGCUUUCCAGGGCGCUGCUGCUCCUCCCUCUGCAGCCAGCCAGGAGUCUCCCUCUGAGUGCUGGAAUGGGAAGAUUUCACCCAAAAGCCUUUGGUUGUUGCUGUUGGUUGAGCCCUGCUGCCCCCCCCGUCCCCUCCCUUAACAAAUUGGGAUCCCCUGUGGGCUGAGCACACAGCCUGGUGAGCAUCCUCCUGCACAUUUCCCUGAAUGCUGUUUGAUCUACCCUGGUUUCUUUUUAGUUAUUAUGCUGCCACUAUGCUGCUGGGGUUGAACCAGAUGUAAAUGGUGCCCUGGAGGUUGGGGAGGUGAUGGUGACCUGCUGGUUUCACAUGCCCUGGGAAACCUUAGAAAUUAAGGUUAGGAAACGCUAUUACUUAUACAUGGCACAAGAGUCUAAAGUCACUUGCAUGUUUUAAUUAAGAGUUCUCCAAAGCAAAGGGUUGUUGUACAGGCUGGGAGUGGGAAUAGCCCUAACUGGGAUCACUAUAAAUUACCUUGUAGCUCUAUAUGUUGUCCCACCAGCAAGCACAGACCUGGCUGUAUGUUGGGUGCCAUUGCAUUUGCAUGGUUUGCUGUUUCCUGCAUAUUGUGGUGCUGCACACAGGCAGAUCCCCACCUGGGAGAGGGGAGAGGUCGUUAAAGGAUUGAAGUGUAGUUAGCAGGGCAGGUUGAGCAGCGCUGAGUUUCGUUUCCUUUUUGGUCAGGCUCUGAGGAGCAGCCUAUGCAAAGUGCCGGCUAUUCUUAUACACCAUUAGGGAAGAGGGACUCAUAUCCAAUGUCACAAAGUGUCCAGAGAGUCUGCCCUACAUAUGGGGAGGGACAGGAGGUGGAAGUACUGGAAGAAACUACUGCUUCUCUCUGAUCACUGGGUCUCAAAGUAUUUGGGGCAGUCUGAGAUGCUUUGCCUCUAUAAGCAGAACAUCAGGGAAGCAUGGAGAAACUGAGUGACCCUAAAGAUCAGCCAGCAACCCACUGCAUCACUACACAAGGAGCCACAGCCCAGGUGAUACACCCCUUUAAGUCUGUUCCCAGAUGAGUUUCCAGGUUUAUCUGGGUGCUUGAAACACAAAGCAAUUGCAGAAGGGCUGCGGUUGAUGAGGUGCUGCCCAGGGAUGUGCAGUGCCUGACCUGCAGGCAACAAACUGGAGCUGCAGGUGGUGACUUGAAGCUGCAACUGCUGUGAUACGGGAAGAGGAGGAGGAGGAGGAGGAAGGCUGCCUCCCUGCAGUGCCUCCCACACACAGCUUGCACCUCUGAGCACUUUAGCCAGGUAAAGUAUGCUGGGGUGGGGUGCUGGGGAAUAUGGUUGGUUUGCUUUGCAUUGGUGGGCAAAGGGAAAAGCAGUGUUAGAACUGCUAGUGGUGCACCGAGGCCUCUGUAGCCUCUGGGGUUUGAAAUGAAACCAUGCAACAUAACAAUGUUUGUAGGUCUCCUGUAACAAGGGGUGGGUUCAUCACAGACACACCUUGGGGAGGUCCUCCUUUGCAGCAGCUCCUCCCAUCUCGCCAGCUCUUUUACUUCCCAAACACAGGCUCCAGAAGUCAUCCAGGCCAACAACCUCCUGCAGUGUUCCAAAGGUUCAUCUGUAGGGCACAAAGGUCUGUGUGAAGCUUGGGGUCAUUCUUCUGUGCUCAGCUGCUCUCCGGUUUCUGCUUGCAAAAGCUUGUGGAUGGCUGCCUUAGAUCAGGUGUUGGUUUCAGAUUUAUCAGUGCCUGUUUGAUGCCCAUUUGAGCCCUUGAUAUUUUUAAGCUAGUAUAGCAAGGCCUUCCACUCCUGCUUGUUCCCCAAUAGAAAUCCAUGUGUCUCAGGCCCUUGGCGUGCAGCCGUUCUGCCCUAAGCCUGCCAGCUCACUUCAGCUGCUCUCCAGUCCAUGGCAUUUACAUGGCCUCAGACCAGAAGGGGCUUUUGUGGGUUGUGAAAGUAAGGCGACAAGUAGCAACAGAUGGUAACGUUAUCAGUUUUACAGUCAUGUCUGCACCUGGUCAUGGCAGUGUGAGUGAUUUCCAUAGGAGAAAUGCAUCUGGAAAGUCCUGAUCACCCUCCCAGGGGCAGACUGAGCUCCUAAGAAGUGAAAAUGACUCAGAUCCACUUAUUUACAGGGUCAGUCCCUGCCCCCAGGAGUCUCUCUGGUCCACAGCUUUGCUUGGGGGUACACAGGGGCAGUAGGUCAGUGCCCUAAUAACUACACAAAUAGCAUUUCUCUCCCUUUGCAGGAGUGGGCUGCUAGCUGUGCUGAAUUCCCCCUCUGGAAAUCAGCUCAUCCUCCCUGUGGCAUCAAUUGGCCAUGGAUAGCUUCCACCUCCUCCUGAGGCUGCUCCUGCUGCUCCUCUGCAAUGGAUCAGAACCACACAUGGACCCUUCUGGUCUUCUGCUUUUCCUCCUGAAGCAUAUGAUGUCCUUUAGGAUGUGUGACAUGCAAUUACCUGUUGCCAGGAGAGAGGAGGUCGUGCUGGGAGCGGAGCUGUUUAAUCAGAGCUGGGUGUGCUCUGAAAAAUCACUUUGGAGGCAGAGCAAUGCUCGGGGGUGUUUGACCUAUGAGCACUUCCUCGAAUUCUUCUCUCCCACCACGAGGGCUGGAAACACCCCCACAAACAGAUCCAAACCUGAGGCCCUCGUGUAACCACAGUCAGCACUGGGGCUGUAAGAAAAACAGCCUUAAUUAAAUAACGAGACUUUGAGCAUCUGUGUGCAUUUGUUAGAGGCUGAUGGAUGGGGCAAACUCAAGUGAUAAAGCUUCAUUGCCUCACCUGGGAAAGCAGGAGCUGCUCAGCAUCCCAGUGCCACAAAGGGCCCCUCCAACCUUUUGUAUCCCCAAAGGAGUUGGGGUUGUUGGGAUGUUAACGCAGUCGGUAUGUGAUGUGUGUGCCCCCCCCCCAGAGCAGCCUGUCUGGGUGUGUGUCUGUCUGUCCAUCCCACUCCCAGCAAAGGGGAAGUUGCAGGCGCCUGCUGGAAGUGCCUGACAGGAACACCCGAAUCCGGUGCAGAAAGGUGAAGUGAAGGCUGCUCUGAGUCAUGGCUGUCCUUACGGGAACAAAAGAAGCCUGAUUGCUGCUGCCUGGCAUUAACAAUGGGGUCUGCUCCUCCCCCAGGUGGCAAUCUAUGCUCUGUGUGGGAUGGCAGCAGAUCCCAGCCCUGGUGUGGGUUUCUCGGCCUCUUCCCCCUGUCCUUUUCCUCCUCUUCCUCUGGAGCAUUGUUUGCUCUGCUUUGGCUGCAUCCUGCAGGGGGGAUGAGUGCUGCACAGUGGGGUCCUCCUCCUCGGCUUGGUCCUGCCUUGCUUUCAGUGGGGUUUGACCUAUGCCAGCAGAGCUUGGGCAGGCCCUGGUGCAUGGGAUGUUGCUAUAGCCUUAGCUCCAGCCUUUUAUUGCCAGGGUGCCCUUGGGCUCUGCAGUGCCAACUCCAGGGAGCUGAGGUCUGCCCACGUUUUGGGGCUCUGGGAGUAGAGGUGGGCUGGAGCCGGAAAGGAUGCUGAGCCCUCCGGGAAGGGGAGAGGGCAGAGGUAAAAAUAACCCCUGGGCUGGCUCUGGUCCCUGUGGCUUCCUGCAGUUUACAGCCCUUCCCAGGGGAAGGGGAGGCAGGAACCUGCCUGGAUCUGAGCUCACUUUGACCCUUUCACCGCUGACAGAAGGUAUUGGAAGGACUUUGCUUUGCCCCAUUCCUGUGGGCUCGGGCAGGACCUGAGGAAGGGGAUUGCAGUGCCAGGAACUCAUUGCCCUGUUCCUGAUGCAUCUGGUGUGUGUGGGGUCGGACACAGCGGGCUCCAAUGGGGUGGGCAGACAUUGCUGCUAUGGCCUCAAGGGUCAGAGGGGUGGUGGGGAGCCUGUCCCAGAGCCAGGAUCCUUUCUGUGAUCCCAUAGGAAGAGCUGGGAGAUGGAGACCGUGGCUGAGGGGGAGUUUGGGGUGUAAAGGCUGCAGGGACUGAGGGCUCAGUGCUGGCAGGGUGAUGGAGCAGAGCAGGAUGUGCUGAUGAGGCUGGGCUGGCAGGGGUUAAUGGGGUGGCUCUUCCUCCCCCUCUAUAUGAGGCUCCUGUGGCUCUGGGCUCAGUUUGCUGCUGGCUGCUGGAGGAAACAGGAGCAGAGGAGACUGACCAGCACCCUGCACAGGCCCAGGCCCGUGGCUGAGAGCAGAAGCCGAGCACAGCUUUGUGGUCCCCAUCCCACACAGGGUCGGCUGGCAGGCGAUGGUCCCACUGGGCAGCACCCCACGAGCCGUCUGCUCCUCUGGCCGCGGUGUCUCCCCGCUCCGUUUGCUGAACCGGGGCCCCGAGUACCUGCGGGAGCAGGUCGGGGGGAGCAGCGGGGGUCGCACACCCAGCGCCGUGGAGCGGCUGGAAGCAGAUAAAGUGAAGUACGUCAAAUCUCAGCAGGUCAUUAACAGCCGGCAGGAGCCGGCAUUGAGAGGAUGCUCGCCCUGCCGCUCACCCCUCGGCCGGCGCCUGCUCACCCUGCAGCAGUGCCAUGAGCUGUGCCACGGCUCAGAUUUGAGCUGCGACGGCAGCAGAAAGGUGCCCUGUCCAUCGUCCCCUGUGCCACGGAGGGGAGGCGGCAGCAGGCGCCUGCUGAGACCCGACUCGCUCGUCAUUUACCGGCAGAAACGGGACUGCCCAGUCAUCAACAAGGAGAACGCCAAGGGCUACGGGCUGGUGAGACGCCUCUUCCAGGGGCCGCUCAGGGACAAACCCCCCAGCUCUCCCCCGGCCCAGGGGUCGGAUAAAGCUCCCGAGAGCCCCAUGCUGUGGGUGUCCAUGGAGCAAGCUAAAGAUGCGCAGACACCGAGUGCCGACAGCAGCAGCAUCGUCCCAUCGCCUGACAGCCCCGUGCCGCAACCCCAACAAGCCCCAAGCCCAGCCCAGCCCCACACCUCCCCUGGCAGCACCAAACCAGCACUUGGCCUGCGCCCAUCCCUGCCGCUUUCAGAGAAGGAAAGGUUCUUCAAUUACUGUGGGCUGGACCGGGCCAUGGUGGAAGGGCUGGGGAAGGAGAGGUUUGUGCCAGCAGGAUGGGACGCUGCCUCGGCACGGCUCCAUGGCUCCUGUGAGUGGGAGCCCAGCCAGACCUCGGGGUGCAGCGAGGAGGAUGCAGGGCCAGGUGAGGAGGAGUCGGAUACACGGCUCUGCUCUGCCAUUUCGGUGGUGGAGCGCAAUGCCCGUGUCAUCAAAUGGCUCUAUGGCUGCCAGCGAGCUUGGGCGGCCGCCAAGGAAUCCACAGUCUGAAAGGAAGCACCCCAGCCAGCCGUGUGUGGGUCUAUGUGGAUGAUAUGGCACCUUGAUCUUGCUGGAUACAGCCUGGGGACUGGCAGCACCCUGUGCUGCUUGCAGGCCAGCAGGGACACCAAGUCUAUCCUAAGCAGAGACAAGGUCUGCCCACAGAAGGGACAAGUGUUCUACCCCUUGGAUAUGCAGCUCACCAGUAGCUGCUUUUGGAGGUGUGGGUGCAUGGCUGAGUGUGGUGGGGUGCCCAGGGACCUUCUUCGGGUGAAUCCGACCUCAGACACUGUGGUUGGAAGGCUGCUGUUCCUUGCUGGAUCCCUACCUCUUGGUCUUCCCUGUUAUUGGUUAUGGUCUAGGAUGGAAGCCUUCUCCCCCAUCAGCCUCAGUGAGAAAGGGGCUGCUAGGAUGGGAGCAGGACUCUUAAUAAACCUGUGGUUUUCUUCUA